GCCGCUGCUUAUGGUGGAAAUGUAAUAGAUAUAAGUACAGAGCUCGUGAGCGAACUAAAAACGCGAUAGAGAAGUAGAGAGAGGAUGUUCCGUCCUUGUCUAAUGACGCGCACUUGUACAGGAAAUAUGUAACAGCGGUAUACGAGCAGCGUCAGUGUCCACUAGUGUGCAUGCCUGAUUAAACAAGGACAGGAAGUAUCUAUACAUGGUGUUCUCUUUCUAUUUCCAUGUUGCAUCCAUCUUACUAUACAGUACACACACUCAGCUAUUCUAUCAUUAUAUUUGUGCGUUGCUUAUGUGUGAACCAAACAUUUCCAUGACAACAAAUCGUUUGUCUCUUGUUUGAUGCUCGGUUUUCAACAGAGUUGAAAGAAUUUUUUAAGAGAAACGCAAUGGACGGGUUGUUUUUAAAGCAAUAAACGGAAAUUCUCGUAUGCAUUGAGAAACGAUAGGCGAUUUGAAAGUGUCACUAUGAACGGUGAUUUAUCGAUGCAAGGUAGUAUGAAUAAGAUAUUUUAUAAUCUGCGAAAAAAGGUAAGGAAUAUUCUAGAUUUUAGAUUUUAGAAUUUCCACGUCACAGACGAGUGUGUUUUGUUAUUUGAUUUGUAAUAUUGCUGCAGUUCUCUUAAUAGCUGUUCGUUUCAUGCGAUACUCGCACAUAGUAUCUAUGACUUUUGCUUCUAACAAUUUUUAUAAUUAGGCUGUAUCAAAUAUUUUUAACGUUCGUGUUUCAUGAAAAAUCAUGUGUAACUCGUUGAAUUCGCAAAUGUAACAAAAAAUUACAUGAAAAACCUUAUAUUAUUGUAAUGAAAAAAUAAUUAUAUUAGGAGGAGAGUCGUAUUUCGGAACGUCAUCGGAACAUAUUACACCUUGUAUGUGAUUAUUUGGAACACAAUGGAAAUCAGUGGACAUCAUGGAGAGAGAAGGCGAAACCAAAUUUGAAAAUUCGACAUCGGUAAUUCAGUAGUUAAGAAUAACUCAAUCGAUUAUGUAGAUUAACUAGUUAUAAACAAAUAUAUGAAGUAUAAAUUCAAAUUAUUCUUAUCCAUCUAAAAAUUGGAAAUUAAAAAGCAGAAGACAAGAAAUUAUCUUCGAGGAUUUAUAUAACGUUAGCGAUGUAUUAUUCCGGGAAGCUCGUCUAUCUCCCGAACAUCGGGUUUGCGACAACAUCGAUUUGGAAAUUAUCGUUGCAGAGUAUGAAAAUUAUUACAAGAUGAAAUUUCAAAAAUAUCCCAUAUUGUGUAAGAAAAUAACUGGAAGGGAAAUGACGAGGGAAGUGACAAAUGCAAGCAAAACUGUUUGUAGAAGUAUUGAGACAAAAGCCAAAUCUGUUAGUAAACAAGCGAGAAGUGAGCCUGUGAAAGAGACGAAUCUACAGCAGAAGAUAACUGAUGACAAUACGAAUCAUAUUAAUCUCGCAAUGACAGUGACGUCAAUAUUCCCCAAUGAGAAUGAUGGACGUUCAUCAGAAGAGCUAUUUAACGUCCCAAUGGAACAAUCCAUGCAAUCGAAGAUAUUGAAAUGCGUUGAAAAGCUUUAUUCAGAUAAUCCGGAAUUACGAAAGAUUGCUGAGGACAUCUCAUGCGAGAUCAUAGUAAACAAAUUAAAUGUACAUUGGGAUGACGUUAUAGGCCUAGAGGAAUGUAAAACCGCUGUUAAGGAGGCCGUUGUGUAUCCCCUUAAGUAUCCUAUCUUUUUUGAUGGCCCGUUUUCCCCCUGGAAAGGUAUUUUGCUGUACGGCCCACCUGGUACAGGGAAAACGAAGUUAGCGAAGGCAGUCGCGACAGAAUGCCAUUGCACCUUUUUUAACAUAACUGCCAGCUCAUUGGUCAGCAAAUGGAGAGGCGAUUCCGAGAAGUAUAUACGUGUAAGUUGCUUUGUCUAUGUUUUAUUUGAACUUGCCUAUAGUCAUUCGCCUACAAUUAUUUUUAUCGACGAGAUUGGCUGGAUCGCCACAAAUAAAGGAGACUGUAUAUUGUCUGAACCUGCAAAGAGAUUCAGAUCAGAACUUCUUUCUAGAUUGGAUGGAUUAGUGUCUAAUGAGAAUUCUAAUGUAGUUCUUCUGGCUACAACUAAUUCCCCUUGGGGCAUUGAUGCAGCUUUACUCAGGCGUCUCGAAAAGCAAAUAUACGUAUCAUUACCCAAUGAAGUUGCUCGACUUGGUAUAUUCAAAUUAUACCUUAGCAACCACUUAUUAGAAAAUACAGAUAUUGUAAACCACAUAGUAAAAUGUACUGAAAGAUAUUCUUGUGCAGAUAUAAAAUUGCUUUGUAAGCAAGCGUGGCUACUAGAAAUAAGCCCGAUAUGGAGGAGACUUGAAAAGAAAGAAACACCUGUUACCACUUUGAAAUAUGAAUUAAAAAGUUAUGAAAUAUUAGCAAAAUUGUUAAAAAAAAUGUCACCUACAGUUAUGCAAAUAGAUAAAUAUGAUACGUGGAACAAAUAAAUACGCAAUCGUAAGGACAGAUAUUGAAAAAUAUAAAUAAAUGGAUUAUCGUUCGAGAAAUCAUUCGUAUGUGUGUGCAUGUGUGUGCGCGCGCGCGCUAUAGGCUAAGUUUAAAAUGUUCGGUUGUAUUAUAUCCUUGUAUUAUAUAUGUCGGAGAUGAAAGGAAAACCGGAGCCUUCCCUUUGCAAUUUUGAGGAAGCCUUCUAAUGCUUUAGCCUAGAUUUUAUCAUAACUGUAAUUAAGCAAUUGUCAUUUGUAAUUGUUUGAUAUUUGUGAAAGCGAAAGUGGGUUCGAGGUGACAACUGGUCGCCGAACGUAGCCACGGUCACGGAAUAAACGUUUUGCCUGACGAAGGUGUGGAUCGGUUGUAUUGUUCUCCCUAGAAAUCACAUAGAAUUGUACUUUAGAGAUGUCGAUAUAAUGGGACACACGUUGUAUUAGGAAUCAAUCUCCAGACAGAAACUGCCUAGUAACGGCGUUUGAAUCUUUCUCGAUGUUUCCAAAGAGUAUACAACAAACUUUUGACAGAAAUUGCCUAGCAACAACGAUUGGAACCUUCUCGAUGUUUCCAGCGAGCAUAUAACAAACAAAUGCAAUCGUAUAGCGAAAAAGAUUUUCAUCAGAUAUUCAUUCGUGUGAUCACCUUGGAAAGUGAUACAUCGAGCAAUUUACCGAGUGUCUCAGCAAUUGUAGUUUGUGUUUAAAAUUAUUCUACACAUAGUAAAGAGUUAUCCUGUUGACCGUGGAUUCGUUUGAACCCCGGAACAUUGUUAAUAGCGUUAAUUAAAUUCAUUAUUCGUGAAACUUAUCAAUCGUUAAUCUCAUUAUACGUUAAAUUCAUUAUUCGUAAGACAUAUUAUUCGUUCCUCUUAUUGUUCGUUAAACUUAUUAAUCUUUAAUCUAAUUAUUAGUUAAACUUAUCGUUUGUUAAUCUUAUUAUUUAUUAAACUCAUUAUUCAUAAUAUUUUGUAAAACCUUGUUUAUUCGCGUAAAUAUAUUCUCUGUUUCGUAAAACAAUGGCUAAUUCAAACGAAGGAUCAUUACGCGCCUUAAAUCCUAAUGAUAACCCGACAUAUAUAUGUGAGUGUAUUUUAUCAAAAAUAUGUUUUUUAUGUUUUCUUAUCUUAGUAAUUAUUUUUAAAAAAGUCUUAAAGUCUUAUAUGAAAAUAAAGCUGUUCUUUAUUUCAAAUAAUUGAAGUAAAUAAAUACAAUGAGUUUUAUAUUUUA